AAACAUUUGUGUUGGAUUCUUCUUCCUUCAUAUUCUUUGUAAUGGUUGCAGAAUUUUGAGUUAUUGUUAAUAUUUUUGAAUUGGGUAUUUGUUAGAUUUGAGGGAGAUUGCGUCUCUGAUGGACCCUGGUGCAUAUGCAUCCGAAAUUAGGCGAAUUGUGCGAGCCGUGGGGCUUACCAUGGCGAUCCGGCGCAAACUGAAGGCACCCGUGCUCUCUGCUUUCCUCAAUUUCGCUCUUGCUCCGGGAUCUGCGGCGCAUAGUAGGUUGUCUUCUUAUCUUCCAAAGGAAGAUGAGCAUGAUAUGGAAGUUGAUACUGCUACCUCUUCGCUUCAAGCUCCUGCAAAACAUCCAUUACCGGAGCUGGAAAUCUACUGCUACUUGCUUGUCUUGAUAUUUCUGAUUGAUCAAAAGAAGUACAACGACGCAAAAGCUUGCUCCUCUGCAAGCAUUGCCCGGCUGAAGAACGUGAAUAGGAGGACUCUUGAUGUUCUAGCUGCUAGGCUUUACUUCUACUACUCUCUCAGCUAUGAACUUACUGGUGAUCUUGCUGAAAUUAGAGGUGACCUUCUCGCCCUGCACCGCAUUGCAACAUUGCGUUAUGAUGAGCUGGGACAGGAAACACUUCUCAACCUGCUGCUUCGCAAUUACCUCCAUUACAAUUUGUAUGAUCAAGCGGAGAAACUGAGGUCAAAGGCACCUAGAUUCGAAGCACACUCAAACCAGCAGGCAACUCUCUAUUAUCCAUAUCUUUUUGUUUUUAAUGGAGCAAUUGAUGCUAUAUUGGAUCAUGCAAAUGGAUGGAUGCUGUCAAAGGAGACGGGUGACAUCUACUCUACAAAUGAGCCUCAAAUUGCAUUCAACUCAAGGAUUGCUUUCUGUCUGAAUAUGCAUAAUGAGGCAGUACGCGCACUUCGAUUUCCUCCAAACUCUCACAAGGAGAAAGAAAGUGCUGAGAAAAGGAGGGAGAGACAACAACAAGAACAAGAACUUGCAAAGCACAUCGCAGAGGAGGAUGACGAUGAGUUCUGAACUUCUGAUUUAAUCACUUUCAAGAGGCAUCACUUAGACCUGGAUAAUGCCUUCAUCAAGAUGUGCAUUUCUCUUUCCUUGAAACUCUGGGCAAAAAUGUUAUAAUUUUGAACUUGGCUUGCCAUAGAUAUUUAUGUUGUUUUAAUUCAACUUGGUAGGACCUUAUUGGUUCCAAAAUUUUAUUUGUAUCGUUCAUUUCUUCACCCAUUGAACAGUCGUUUGAGUGCUAUCUCAUCCUGGUGAGAAACUCAUCUUUAGCUUUUUCUGAUCAAAGUUUUUCCGUUGCUGAUUUUUAUUUUAUUGGUAUUGAAUAAUGAAUUAACCCCAUA